AGCAACCAGUACGCGAUCUAAUCAAUAUUCAUAAGCCGACCCAUUCGCCCCGCCCCCACACGCAGUGUACGCUGGGUAGGCGGAAGUGAGAUCGCACGUUGACAUUGCGCUGCGUCCGAUACAGACAAGCAGAGGGAUUUUCCAGGACUUUAAGUACUGGUUGUUGUUGGUAAUCAUGGGUGCAUCAUUGUCCAGUCCUGCUCCCACUGUUAGAGCAGAGACUGCAAUGGCAGGACCUCAUUUGGCCGGGGCAUCUCCACCCCCUGGAUGUCCCAUGCAUCAAGAACAACCCAAAAACACUCCGCCACCUGAGUGUCCGAUGCAUCAGUCCAAUACGGCACCGGCUGGACCAGUACAUCAGGACAGAGCGUAUGAAUUUGUUGAAUGCCCAAUGAAAGCGGCAGAGGGACCUAUUGAUCCCACUAACAUGAUGCCGCCUCCAAACCAGGUGCCUGCCCCUGAUCAGCCCUUCCCUCUGUCCGUGAAAAGAGAAGAAUCCAAAAUCCCACGUUCUGGCACUGAAAAAAAAUGGGUCUAUCCAUCAGAACAGAUGUUCUGGAAUGCCAUGCUGCGGAAGGGGUGGCGGUGGAAGGACGAUAAUCUUGCCCCAGAAGAUAUGACCAAUAUUAUUCAAAUACACAAUCGCAACAACGAUCAAGCUUGGCAGGAAAUCUUAAAGUGGGAAGCACUGCAUGCCAGUGAGUGUCCAUGUGGUCCAUCUCUAAAGAAAUUUGGUGGCAAAGCGAAGGAAUUUUCUCCAAGAGCCAGAAUACGUCACUGGAUGGGAUAUGAAUUACCUUACGACCGUCAUGAUUGGAUCGUAGAUCGCUGUGGAAAGGACGUUCGCUAUGUGAUAGACUACUACGAUGGGAACAUUGAUAAAGACACCUACCAGUUUUCUAUCCUGGACGUGCGUCCGGCUUUUGACUCUUUGGGGGCUGUUUGGGAUCGAAUGAAAGUGGCCUUGUGGCGCUGGACAUCAUAGACUCAUAAUAUUUCUGUAUUUCAAAGACAAACUUCAGGCGUACCAGGAUUAUUCAGCACCAACAUAUUACAAUCUUUAUGUUACAUAACGGGUAGAAUCUUACAUGGAAGACUUUCACAGAGUUAGAUACGUGUCUGGGUUUAAAGUAAAGUUGGAUAUUUCAUUGUAACAUAUAUAUUUUCGAAUUAUUGCACAGCUAUGCAAUAACAAUGACCUAGUGGUUGUUAAUGUUCUCAUUUUGAGAGCCCAAUAAAUCAGUGUUUGUUUUUAAAGGUUUUUGGUUGCGUAUAACAUUGACAGUCGAGACAUUUUCCACAUUCGGAUCUUGUUUAAAUGAUUUAAACACAUCUAAUGUUUGUUUUUCUCUUUUGAAGUUUGAUUAUUGAGUGUUUCGCUGAUGUUGAGAGGAAUUUGGCAGCUGAGUGUGGUUCAGUGAGAUGCACCAAAGGUCUUUGCUUUUUUUCUUAUGAAUGUGAUUGAUCUGUUUCAUCUGAUGAAACGUCUAUUAAAUUUGCAGACGAUAACAUUCAACUUUAAAAUGAUGACAAUUCUUAAACACUUUUUGGGUUUAUUUAUUUAACAUAAGUGGCUUCUUUAUUGUAUACUGUGAAAGAGUGUUUUUAAAAUGUUUUUGUCUUCAAAUUUCUGAAUAAAUUUGUAAACCGCUCUGGAA